AUGAGGGCCUUGAUCAUCUUCUUGGGGUUUGUUGUGGCCAUUUGUGCCAAAAAAGAUUUUCAUGGGGACCAAGUUCUCCAUAUUCAAGCUAACAGUGAGGAACAGAUACUCCUGUUAAAGGAGCUUCAUAAUCUGCAGCACUUGAAGCUUGACAUAUGGCGGGAGCCCCUGAAGCCAGCUCUUCCGGUUGAUAUUCAUGUCCCAUUUGAAAGUCUUCAGGCAGUCCGAGCCUUUCUGGAAUUCAAUGGUAUUCACUACUCUGUGAUGAUUGAUGAUGUUCAGGUCCUGCUAAAUAAAGAAAAGGAGCACAUGGCUCUCUCCAGAUCAAAGGAAAGGAACAAUAAAAGUUAUGAUUAUGGAGCUUAUCACACACUGGAAGAGAUAAAUAUGUGGAUGGACAAUUUAGUAGCUGAUCAUCCAAGUCUGGUUUCAAAAAUUCAGAUUGGCUUAAGCUUUGAAGGGCGUCCACUUUAUGUGCUGAAGUUCAGCACUGGUGGAGUGAAACGGCCUGCUAUUUGGUUAGACACUGGAAUCCAUGCCCGUGAAUGGAUAACACCAGCUGUUGGCAUCUGGACAGCCAAAAAGAUUGCUUCUGAUUAUGGCAAAGAUCCUUCGCUUACUUCAAUACUCAACACAAUGGACAUCUUUUUUGAGAUUGUGACCAAUCCAGAUGGCUAUGAUUUCACCCAUAAGAGUAACCGAAUGUGGCGCAAGACCAGGUCAAUCAAUCCUGGAUCAUCAUGUAUUGGUGUGGAUCCUAACAGGAACUGGCAAAUAGGUUUUGGAGGUCCUGGCACAAGCACGUACCCUUGUGAUGAAACCUACUGUGGACCCUUUGCUCAUUCAGAAUCAGAAGUUAGGUCAAUAGCAGACUUUAUUCUGUUCCAUGGGAAUUUCAAAGCAAUGAUAACUAUCCACAGCUAUUCCCAGAUGUUGAUGUUUCCUAAUGGAUAUACUUCAACACCCGUUCCUAAUAAGGAAGAACUACACACUUUGGCAAAAAGUGCAGUGGAUGCCCUAGCCAGUGUUUAUGGAACUACAUAUACCUAUGGAGACAUGUACACCACUAUAUAUCCAGCAAGUGGAACCACUUCUGAUUGGGCAUAUGACAAUGGAAUCAAAUAUUCAUUCACAUUUGAAUUGAGAGACACGGGACAUUAUGGCUUUUUGUUGCCUGCUGAACAGAUCAUCCCCACUGCUGAAGAAACCUGGCUUGCUCUCAUGAAAUUAAUGGAACAUGCCAGGGAUAAUCCGUAUUAAGAGCCUUAAAAAACUCCAUUUUAUAUGUGCCACACUUCAUUUGUGUAAUUGGUAUGGAAACUUAAACAGGAACAAGCUUAUACAAACAAAUUUCUCAUGUAUAAUUGACCCUAAAUAUAUUUGUCAUCAAACCCAAUUUAAAAAGUAAAAAUAAAAAUAAAAUCAU